AUGGCACCCCACGGAUGGUCGACCGAUUUCGUGUUUGAUCCGAAAGCGCUGGUCGCCACCAAGCAUGCGCGCGCCAAGCAUGUCGGUGGCAUGCGCCACGGUACAACGACGGCCCCGUCCGCGCCUGCCUUCUCGCUCUGCAACGCCGCCUUGGCGGUGCUGACCAUCGAAGGUCUCUACCUCUCCGGUAUGACACUCGAUCCAACCGUCGAGCAUUCCAACAUGCCGCCCGAGCCACCGAAACCACGCCGUCGCCACCCGCGAACGACAAAGGCACACAGCAUGGUGCGUCGCAAACGCCCCGUGGACCACAAGGCCAACCGCACGCUGAGCCAGCCCCGUUAG